AUAGGCUCAAGAGUGAAUAUUAUCUCUCCAAUGGUUAGGCGCUCAACUUUCUUCGUUUUCUUCUUUCUUGUGAUUGCAGGGAAGUUGAUAGAGACAAAGGAUUCUUGCUCAUAUUUCGAUACAAUUGGUGGAGGAUGCCCGGACUUACGUGCAUGCGGUGAAACUUGUGAGCCGUGUUACCGCGGCAUCGGCGUAGUUCAAUUUUCCUGCGUUGCUCCGGGCGGAGGAAUACUCUUUUAUAGAUGUCGGUGUGAGUUCAAGAACGGGGCACCUUGUCCGCCCGUCGGACCGCCUACUUGUCCCGCCCCGGGCGGCGAUAAUGAUCGGCCAGAUGUCACGUAUUAUUAUCACCGCGAUGAUGAACAGAAGAAUGUCACGGCUGAUCUUACGACAAUUGCAAUGCAAUUUCCUUAAUAUAAUCAUCCAUUUAUAAAUAGAGAUAACAAAAUUAAUGCUCAAUAUAUAUUUUGAGUUUCAUUAUAUUUGCCAUUUUUUUAGUCACUACAAAUCCCUCCACAUUAUAACUAGUUGUGUACUCCACACACAGUUUUUAUUUAUCUUUUAUCAACAACUUACAAGUUGUUAUGUGUUACAAGGAAUGUAACAAAAAUAUUGAAUCAUUA